AUGCAUGCACCGAAAAGUGCAACGACGCCGACCGUGGAGAGGACGUUGAAGACCAGGCAGAAGCCGCAGCGAUUGCAAGCAAAAAGCAGCAACGAGGGGACAGACGGUACCUCGGAGACGUCGUCUUCGCUACCACGGCCUACUGCUGCUGCUACUGCUACUGCUGACACCACCGAUUGCGUGGAUGAGGCUCGUCUGGUGCUGCAGAUCGAGAAGCUGCUCUCCCAGGAAUCGGCCGUGGGGAAGUGCGCCGCGCUUGCCACCCAACAUGCCAUUUCUUCGAAUGGGUGCAAGGUGGAAACUCGGCGUGCAGAUGUGCUGAACGAGAUAAAACGCCGCGUAGAUGAGACUCUGACCAAUAUUUUGAAAUUGUUGGAAGCGGAGUAUUGGCCGUGGUGCCCAGAUGAAUACAAGGUAUAUUGUUCUCAUUACACUCACUGA